AUGGGAACCAAAAGCCAUCAGCUUCAUGUUGCUCUCUUCCCUUUCAUGGCUCAAGGCCACAUAAUCCCAUUCAUAGACAUGGCCAAACUGUUUGUUUCCAGAGGUCUCAAAGCAACAAUAAUCUCCACCCCUCUAGAUGCACCCUUCAUCCACACAAAAAUUGAAAAUUCAACUUCCCCAGUUCACAUUUUCACAAUCGAUUUGCCUACUUUAGAGGUUGGAUUGCCAGAAAAUUGCCAGAGCUUGCAUUUGGCCACUUCCCCUGAAAUGCAAAGAAAGUUUUUCAAAGCUGCAGGCUUGCUUGAGCCUCAGCUUGAGCAGUUCUUGCAGCAAAAUAGACCCAAUUGCCUUGUGGCUGACAUGUUCUUUCCUUGGGCUACAGAUGUGGCUUCUAAGUUUGGAAUUCCAACGCUCAUAUUCCAUGGAACCAGUGGUUUCUCCUUAUGUGCUACACUCUAUGAGAUUGAGCUGACAAGAAAGAAGCUGCCUGAUUUUGUUAGAGAUGGAGUUGAAAAUGACUUUUCAAGAUUGUAUGAUGAAGGUAAGAAAGUUGAGCAGAGGAGCUAUGGGGUUCUUGUUAACAGCUUUUAUGAGCUUGAACCUGCGUAUGCUGAUCAUUACACAAAUGUUCUGGGGAUCAAGGCUUGGCAUAUAGGCCCGCUUUGGAUAUGCAAUGAGGGGGCAAAAGAAGACAAAGUCUCUAUUGAUGAACAACAUGAGUGCAUAAAGUGGCUUGAUUCAAAGAAACCCAACUCAGUUGUUUAUGUCUGUUUUGGAAGCUUGUCCAAUUUUGUUGAUGCCCAGCUGCUUGAGAUUGCAAAGGCUCUUGAAUCUUCAGGGCAGCAAUUCAUUUGGGUUGUCAAGAAACAGAACAAUGAUCAAGAAAACCAACAAGAUUGGUUGCCUGAAGGAUUUGAAAAGAGAAUUGAAGGGAAGGGGCUGAUUAUAACAGGGUGGGCCCCCCAAGUGAAGAUUCUCUCACAUGAAGCAGUUGGGGGGUUUGUGACACAUUGUGGGUGGAACUCAACACUUGAAGCAGUGUGUGCUGGUGUGCCUAUGGCCACAUGGCCUGUGUUUGCAGAGCAGUUUUACAAUGAGAAGCUGAUCACACAAGUGCUUAGGAUUGGGGUUGGUGUUGGAGCCAAAGAGUGGAGUAGAGUGGCAGUGGAGAGUGUGAAGAGUGAUGCCAUAGAGAAGGCUGUGACAAGGACCAUGGUGGGUGAGGAAGCAGAGGAAAUGAGGAACAGAGCCAGGGGUUAUGCAGAGAUGGCAAGGAGGGCUGUUGAAGUGGGGGGGUCAUCUCACUCAAAUUUGAAUGCUUUGAUUGAAGAGUUAAGGUCUCAUGACAUUGUUAAUGAGUAG